AUGAAGCUCUUACGAGUCGCUGCGGCGGCCUUGGUGGCUCUUAUUGGGCACGCAGAAGCAGUUUCAACCUUUGAGCCGGCAAGGCCUCCUGCAGCUCCUUUGGCUGUCCGAGCGCCUUAUCUCAAUGUCUGGCUCAAUGGUCAAACCAAUGGGCAGUCAAGUGGUUACCUCGCCGGUCAAUGGCCUAGAUAUUGGACACAAGGAAUUCAGGCAUGGCAAGGAUUCAUCAGAGUAGACGGAAAGACCUACAACUGGAUGGGCGGGGCUCCUGGAGCGGACAAUGUCGACCAACAGUCGCUCAAAUACACAUCAACUCGGACAACAUUUACCAUGAAUGUGGGAGGGCAAGUCCAAAUGAUUGCCGAAUUUUUCUCUCCGGUGUAUCCAGACGACUUGAGGAGACAAUCCAUUCCAUUUUCAUACCUGAGAAUCUCGACCGCGUCUCUGGACGGGCGUUCGCAUUCUGUCCAAAUCUACGCUGAUGUAUCAGGGGAGUGGGCAUCCGGUGAUAGCUCACAAACCAUCCAGUGGGAGCACCAGGCGGGCAGUGGGAUACGUUCUCAUAAAUUUUAUCGCCAAAAUCAAGAGGCGUUCAAAGAAGCCAAUGACCAAGCAUCGUGGGGCAACUGGUAUUGGUCCACUGGCGACAUUAGAGGUGUGACUUAUCAGAUUGGUCAAGAUACAGUCGUCCGCGGCCAGUUCUUGUCCAACGGCACGCUUACCGGCCAUAUCGACACAGAUUAUCGCGCAGUCAAUGACCGAUGGCCCGUCUUUGCCUUUGCACGCGAUCUAGGUGCAGUUGGAAAAAGUGGCUCUGCAUCAACUCUUUUCACCAUUGGCAUUGCCCAAGAUGAUGCCAUCUUGUUCCAAGGGCAAGGCAGCUCUCCUGAACAGGUUCCUUCACUCUGGACGAAUUACUUUGAUGAAGAAGACCUUGCGCCGUUCUUUUAUAAGGACUAUACCUAUGCCAGCCAGUAUGCUACCAACUUGGACAACCGCAUUGCACGGGAUUCUAUCGCGGCUGGCGGCCAAGAUUACCUUACGAUUACAAGCCUCGCGGUCCGUGACAUCCAGACGGUGGACGUCAUUUUUCCUACCUGGCCCAUCAUGUUGUACCUCGAUCCCAAUCUCAUCAAAUAUACUCUCGCGCCCCUCCUCGAGAAUCAGGAAAGUGGCCACUACCCCAACAAAUAUGCGAUCCACGACCUGGGCAGGUUUCCACAGGCCUUGGGAUAUCCUCAGGGAAAUGACGAAGCAAUGCCUUUGGAAGAAUGUGGCAACAUGAUUAUCAUGAUGCUGUCCUACGCCCAGAAAACUGGAGAUAUCAACUAUCUCAGACAACACUGGGUUCUAAUGGCGCAAUGGGCAGAGUAUCUCAUUGAAGAUGCCAAGAUCCCAGCAAAUCAGCUGUCAACCGAUGAUUUCGCCGGCCAUCUUGCGAACCAAACCAACCUUGCCAUCAAAGGCAUAAUUGCCUUGGAAGCCAUGUCUCGCAUUGCUAGCCUGACCGGUCAUGAUUUCUUGUCCUCAAACUACUCGAGCAUUGCCAAGGAUUAUUUAGGCUUCUGGUCUCGCCAUGGCGUCAACCGUGCAUCUGUUCCUAAUCACAGCGUGCUCCAGUAUGAUUCGGCUUCAACGUACGGCCUGCUGUACAACCUGUACCCCGACAAGGCUCUUGGGCUCAAGUUCAUUCCCCAGUCCGUCUACGACAUGCAGAGCGACUUUUACCAGACAAAGGCUAAUAAAUACGGCGUCAUUCUCGACACACGCGGCACGCUAACCAAGACUGACUGGGAGAUGUUUGCAGCAGCAGUGGCUGGGCCCAAGACAAAGGCCAUGUUCAUCUCCUUGAUUGCCAAGUGGAUCAACGAGACGCCGACGUGGCGGGCUUUUACCGAUCUGUAUGACACGAACACGGGAGGAUAUCCCGGAAACCAGUUUACCGCCCGGCCGGUUGCAGGGUGCCACUGGUCUGCAGUAGCGCGCAGUUUGACGGUAGUGGGCACUUUGUACCAGCUGAUUAUCCACAUUUGA